UGUAUUCUCCAUGGCCGAAAAGCCUCUAUAUAUAGCUUAUCGUCUCUCCCUGCAGUCGCCAUCCUCAACUGAUACGCUCGGCCUCGGGGAGAAGAAGAAGAAAGACGAAUUAGAGAGAAGGCGACAAUGGGGAAGAGCAGCGGGAAGAGGCAGUACAACGGGGUGCGGCGGCGGAGCUGGGGCUCGUGGGUCUCCGAGAUCAGGGCGCCGCUCCACAAGACCCGUAUCUGGCUCGGCUCCUACUCCACCCCGGACGCCGCCGCCCGCGCCUACGACGCUGCUCUCCUUUGCCUCAAGGGCUCCUCCGCCGCCACCUUCAACUUCCCCGCCGCCCUCCCUCGCGGCCGCCUCAUCGCCCCCUCCUCCUUAUCCCCCAAGUCCAUCCAAAAACUCGCCGCUGCCGCUGCCGCCGCCACCAUGGCCACCAUGGCCACCAACACUCCUCCUCUUACUACUACUACUACAACUACAUCAUUUCCUUCCGACUCCGACGAGAUUCAGUACCGGUCCGUUGACGUGCUGGCGACCUACAGCUCCACGACGUCAACGACGAGUGAGAAGAAGGAAGUGGUAGUGGAUGAAUCUUGGGUGGAUCUCGGAGCGAUAGUGCAGUCGCCGAAGAACGUGGACGACGAUCGAUUUGUAGUAUCUUCUAGUUACUGGCCGGAGGAGUGGGAGGAGGAGAUGGCUGCCGGCGACAUGAACCUGUGGAGCUUCUGCUAGAGACGACGAUCUCAAGAUGUUUCUCUCUGUGUUGAUUUAUUCGUUCUACUUGUUCGUGGAGAUCAUAAAUUUGAAUAUAAUAUAUCGAUCGAUUCUACUAGAACUUAAUUAAUUUGUUCGAAUAAAGCC